AUAAAACCCUAGCGUAGUUGUAAGGGUUUCGUUUCACCAAAAAUUUGCAGUUCUCUCUCUCUCGUUCGUGUGCGGAAACUGAAGAAAACCACACCAAGCAACAGCUCAAAAUCGAAGCAUUCAUACAAAUUUUGCAACCAAUUGAAACCCUAAGUCUGCUAAUAAUUCUGUUGAAAUGUCAGUUCAAUUGCCUCCUUCGAAGAGACCGUAUGAUCGGAUCCAUAUAGAACCAAAUGGUAAAGGGAAGAGGCAAAAGUCAUCAGGUUAUAUUUCGCAGAAUUUACCAUUGAAAAUUUCUCCUGGCAGCACUGUAUUUCGUGUACUCUGCUCGGCUACCAAAACUGGCAGUGUUAUUGGAAAAGGUGGCAGCAUCAUAUCACAAAUACGUCAGGAAACUGGUGCAAAGGUCAGGGUUGAGGAAAAUGUCCCUGGAUGUGAUGAGAGAUUAAUUGUUAUUAUAGGUUCUGAUAAAGAUAGUGAAGUCGGUGCUGACCUGAGCAAGGAGGAUGGUAAUGGGACUAACACAAUCGAAGAGGGUGAUGAUGCAAACAAACAUGAUGAGGACAAUGAAGAUAAGAAAUCCAUUCCUGUGGAAGAUUUACAAUCUGAAAAGGGAACAAUGUCUGUUCAGAAAGCUCUUUUACUUAUUUUCGAAAGAAUGGUUGAAGGAGAAUCAGAGACAGAUGGAGGGGAUGAUGAGAGUAACAAGUCUUCCACAGUUGUGAGGUUACUUAUUUUCUCCAGUCAAGUGGGCUGCCUAUUGGGAAAAGGUGGCAGCGUAAUCAAACAAAUUUCAUCUGAUACUGGUGCACAGAUUCGGAUUCUGCCUAGGGACAAACUACCUCCUUGUGCAUCUCCUUCUGAUGAACUGGUUCAGAUUACUGGGGGAGUUCAUGAAGUCAGGAAAGCUCUUCAAUCUGUUUCUCAACAGCUUCUAGAGAAUCCACCUCGUGAUCAGGAUUCUUUUUCUGUCAACCCUAGUGGGCCUUCAUCUGAUUCAUUUGGUGAUCCUUUAUUGAGGCCCGAAGAAUACCCACCACGGAACUAUGCUUUCCGUUCUCAAAGAGCAGCUUAUGCUGCUGGGCCACUAAUUUCCAGAUUUAAUGAAAGUGGUGUUCCUGGCCAUUUUAACCUUCCUCAGGAUAUCCUCAGCUUCAGGUUACUGUGUCAUGAGGAGAAGGUAGGAGGAGUAAUUGGAAAAGGAGGAACAAUAGUUAAGGCACUCCAGCAUGAGACUGGCUGUGAGAUCAAAGUAUUGGAUGGCAUAUCUGACUCAGAGGACCGCAUUAUUGUCAUAUCUGGUCCAGCGCACCCAGAUGACAGAAUAUCCGCUGCACAAGAUGCGGUUCUUCGUGUUUUGUCAAGGAUGGUUAGGGCUACAGCAGAGAACAAGGAGAACACUGUGACUGCAAAGUUUCUUGUCUCCUCUCAUCAAAUAGGUUGCCUUCUUGGCAAGGGAGGUGCUAUUAUUGCUGAAAUGAGGAAGUCAUCUGGGGCUUAUAUUCGUAUAUUGGGGAAGGAUCAGCUUCCAAAGUGUGCUUCUGAGAAUGAAGAAGUUGUUCAGAUAAAUGGAGAAUUUGAGGUAGUACAAGAUGCUAUUCUGCAAAUAACCACUAGGUUGCGGAAUCAUUUCUUUCGUGAUGCAUUUCCUGAUAUCAACCAUCCUUCAAAUGCUGCCUUUCCAGAUCAAGGACCUCCAUUUCCUCCAUAUGUGGGAAGGAUGGAAUUUUCACCCCCUGGAAUGUAUUCCAAUCUAGGGCCAUCAUUUCACAGAUAUGAUGCUGUCGGUGGUCUGCCUCCACAUGGGGAUUUUCAUCCACAUGAUGAUCGCUUCCCUUUUAUGCACAGUAUUCACAGGCCAGGCAUUCCCCCUCAUAUUUCCGACAGAAGGCCAUCUUCAGCAUGGGGUCCUCAGGGACCUAUUGAAGGGGGUGGGCCUUUAGGCUUGAUGGACUAUGCAGGAGCUCCCCAAAGAAGGGUUGGUGGAUUUGGAGGAGGAAGUCAUCCAGCUAUUAUCACAAACACCACCAUGGAAGUUGUUGUACCUCGUUCUAUUGUUCCUGUGAUUUAUGGAGAGGAUGGUGGAUGUCUGAAACAAAUUCGUGAGAUUUCCGAGGCUAAAAUUACUAUCACCGAUCCCAAACCUGGAGCAACAGAAACAAUGAUUAUAAUAUCUGGCACACCUGAUCAAACCCAUGCUGCACAGUCUCUUAUUCAAGCAUUUGUAAUUAGUGAGACGGAAGCUCCUUGAUCUUUGUUAUUGAGAACUUGCUACUCAGCUGAAGACCAUGGUGGCUGGAGAAUGUUGGACUUCUAAUUUUGCAGUUUUGUGAGUAGUGGGAACUUACUUGGACUUUGCUAGGGCUGCUCCCAAACUUUGCGGAUUAAUCUUAAAAUAUUGUUCGAGAGCAUGCCCAUUUAGCGUCAUUUGGAGAGUUACCUGAACAAUCAAAAAAUGUAGUUACCAAAAAAAAAAAAAAAAAAUGAACAAUCUAAUGCUCUUUUGGCUGUCACUAAAUGUUAAAUGGUAGGGGUAAGAAAAAAUAAUACUAUUGGCUUUUACAUGUUUGUAUGGGAUGAGAAUUUGUAAGAAAUGGGAAGGAAAAUUGCUUUUCUA